CCUCUUCCCCCCUCGUCGUCUUCCCAGCCGCUGGCUUCCCAUCGUGCUCCGCGGCCGUGUGGAGCGAGGCCUUGUUCCCGCGUUGAGCCGCCGCCGCCGCCGCCUCCUCAGCUUGAAGCCUCCGCGCCAGGCCCGUCCGCGCCGUGCCAUGUCGGACUACAGCACCGGAGGCCCCCCGCCCGGCCCGCCGCCUCCCGCCGGCGGAGGAGGAGGAGCCGCGGGUGCGGGGGGAGGCCCUCCGCCGGGCCCACCGGGCGCGGGAGACCGGGGCGGCGGAGGCCCCGGCGGCGGUGGCCCGGGUGGAGGAGGCUCGUCCGGGGGCCCCUCACAGCCUCCCGGGGGCGGCGGCCCGGGGAUCCGCAAGGACGCCUUCGCCGACGCCGUGCAGCGGGCCCGCCAGAUUGCAGCCAAAAUUGGAGGUGAUGCCGCUACCACCGUGAAUAACAACACUCCUGAUUUCGGUUUUGGGGGCCAAAAGAGACAGCUGGAAGAUGGAGACCAGCCAGACAGCAAGAAACUGGCUUCCCAGGGAGACUCUAUUGGUUCUCAACUGGGACCCAUCCAUCCUCCCCCCAGGACAUCCAUGACAGAAGAGUAUAGGGUUCCGGACGGCAUGGUGGGCUUGAUCAUUGGCAGAGGUGGUGAGCAGAUUAACAAAAUCCAGCAGGACUCGGGCUGCAAAGUUCAAAUCUCACCAGAUAGUGGUGGCCUCCCUGAGCGAAGCGUGUCCCUGACUGGAGCCCCCGAAUCUGUCCAAAAGGCAAAGAUGAUGCUGGAUGACAUCGUGUCACGGGGCCGGGGAGGCCCCCCAGGACAAUUCCAUGACAACGCCAAUGGAGGUCAGAACGGCACGGUGCAGGAGAUCAUGAUCCCUGCUGGCAAGGCUGGCCUGGUCAUUGGCAAAGGUGGGGAGACCAUCAAGCAGCUGCAGGAGCGUGCUGGGGUUAAGAUGAUUUUAAUUCAGGAUGGCUCCCAGAACACAAAUGUGGACAAGCCGCUGCGGAUCAUUGGGGACCCAUACAAAGUUCAGCAAGCUUGUGAGAUGGUGAUGGACAUCCUGCGAGAACGUGACCAGGGUGGCUUUGGGGACCGCAAUGAGUACGGAUCGCGGGUCGGCGGAGGCAUUGAUGUGCCUGUACCCCGGCAUUCAGUUGGUGUGGUUAUUGGCCGGAGCGGAGAGAUGAUCAAGAAGAUCCAGAAUGACGCCGGUGUACGCAUCCAGUUCAAGCAAGAUGAUGGGACCGGCCCCGAGAAGAUUGCUCACAUCAUGGGGCCCCCAGACCGGUGUGAACAUGCAGCCCGGAUCAUCAAUGACCUCCUCCAGAGUCUUCGCAGUGGGCCCCCAGGUCCUCCAGGGGCCCCUGGCAUGCCCCCUGGGGGCCGUGGUCGAGGCCGAGGCCAAGGCAACUGGGGCCCUCCUGGAGGGGAGAUGACCUUCUCCAUUCCUACCCACAAGUGUGGACUGGUCAUCGGCCGAGGUGGUGAGAAUGUGAAGGCCAUUAACCAGCAGACAGGCGCCUUUGUGGAAAUAUCUCGGCAGCUGCCACCGAAUGGAGACCCCAAUUUCAAGUUGUUUGUCAUCCGAGGCUCGCCCCAGCAGAUUGACCAUGCAAAGCAGCUCAUUGAGGAGAAGAUAGAGGGUCCCCUCUGCCCAGUUGGACCAGGCCCUGGCGGACCAGGCCCCGCUGGACCCAUGGGACCUUUCAAUCCUGGACCCUUCAACCAGGGGCCUCCAGGGGCACCUCCACAUGCUGGCGGGCCCCCUCCUCACCAGUACCCGCCUCAAGGCUGGGGCAACACCUACCCCCAGUGGCAACCGCCUGCCCCUCAUGAUCCAAAUAAAGCUGCCGCCGCGGCUACAGACCCCAAUGCUGCCUGGGCCGCCUACUACUCCCACUAUUACCAGCAACCCCCAGGCCCUGUGCCAGGUCCUGCCCCAGCCCCUGCAGCCCCACCUGCGCAGGGGGAGCCCCCCCAGCCUCCACCCACUGGCCAGUCAGACUACACCAAGGCCUGGGAAGAGUAUUACAAGAAAAUUGGCCAGCAGCCUCAGCAGCCUGGAGCACCCCCACAGCAGGACUACACCAAGGCCUGGGAGGAGUACUACAAGAAGCAAGCACAAGUGGCCACUGGCGGGGGUCCUGGAGCACCCCCUGGCUCCCAGCCUGACUAUAGUGCCGCCUGGGCUGAGUAUUACAGACAGCAGGCCGCUUACUACGGACAGACCCCAGGCCCUGGUGGCCCGCAGCCACCUCCCACCCAGCAGGGACAGCAGCAGGCAAGUGGGAACUGCCACCCUCCUCCUCCUCCUUUCUCCUUCCAACCCCCGGCCACCGUCCAUCCUGCCUUAGUGGGUAGCGCCGGAAACCCUUUCCCCUGCGGGGUGUGUCCUUGAUGCCAGCCUCGGGCGCGUGGCCAGAGUCUCCCGGAGCCCCGCAGCCCCGCCGCUGGGAAGCGCCCGCUGGGUGCAGAGGCUCACGGAAGAGGCUCCUCCGGCAGCCGCUGUUGGUGCGAAGUUGUUGGGUGCUGGGGGCACCGGCCGCAAAGGUGGAACUCUGAACUGCUGGGGUGUCCCGGGUGGGGGCAGGACGUGGGGACUGCGCUGGGUGCCACGCCGGUUGCUGAACCCACUCGCUCAGAAUCUGGCCACUUGGGAAGAAAAUGUCUAUUUUUUUCCCCCCCUUCUCAGCAUCACUAUUUUGGGUUUUGUUCUUUUUUACUCUUUUAUUUUUUUAAAGCCACCAUCUUUAUCCCCCAUGUCCAAGUAACUGUGUUACAGGCGGCCCUGGCUCUGCUGGGAUGAAGGGGAGCCCACUGAGGGGACUGGGCCCUCCCUCCCUGGUGAGGCCACCUCUCGUGUGCUUGCCUCUGUGUCCCGGUCUUGUCUGUGAAGUGGGCAUGACGAUCGUUGCCACCUUCCAACCUACCUCACAGGGGUGUUGUGGGGACACCGUGAUCUGAAUGUUGUGACGCCGAGCCGCCUCCCUUUCCUGCCCCUCUCCCCACCCUGGCACUUGUCCCCUGUGCGGCCCCCUCCACACCUCCGGCUUCUGCUGCAGACCCCUCCCCUUCCUCCUCCUGCUCCUCCUCCUCCUUUUCCUCUUCCUUUUCCUUCUCCUUUUCCUCUUCCUCCUCCUGCUUCUCCUCUACCAAGGAGCAGUCUGACUUCAGCAGAGUUCCCAAGACAGACAGUCACAGCCCCCUGCUUGGCCUGUGUUGGCUUGGGCCCGGCCUUCUGGCCUGCUGCCUGGAGUCGCAGCCUCUUGUAGCCCGGCCGCCCUCCUGCCAUGACCAUUCCUGUCUCUCCCUCUCCACAGGCAAAUGAAGCAAAUGGAUGUGAACUUCAUCUGUGAAAAUAUUUUUUUUUCCUCCAUUUUUGUUCCAUUUGGGGGCUUCUUUUAUUGGUUUCUAUAUUUGAUUGGUUUGGUGAGAGAGCAACGGCUGUCUGGGGUGCAGGGGGUCCCCCUCAUGCUGAGGCGCUCCCUCUCUCUCAUUCUAUGUGUCUCACAUCUUUUUCCUUCCAAAAUCGGGAUCCUUCAUGUUAAGCCAGCCUUAGAAAAUAGUGAGAAUUUAACCUCUGCCAAAAAAGAAAAAAAAAGUUUAAAAAUUAAAUCACAAAGAGCAGAACAAAACCUAUAAAAUGAUAUAUAUAUAGAAAUAUAUAAAUCUCUAUCCCCGAGCCUCCGAGCCCACCCCUCUGAGGGAAGUGGUUCACUUUCUCCCUACUGCCCAGGGCCCUAUUCUUGUUUUUAAAUAAACUUUUUAAAAGGAAAGAAACAGUCACUCUUGCUAUCUCUUUUUCGUUUUUUUAGUUAGAGUUGGAACAUUCCUUGGACCAGGUGUGGGUAUCGCAGGCUCCUCCUGCCCUGCCCAUCUCUAUGUCUCUUCUCCCCCUCCCCUUUUCUCCCCCCUGCUCUUCCCUGGCUCUGCCUUGUACCCACCCCAACCCCAGGACUGGCCUGGUACGUUGUCAUCUGUUGAAGAUGAGAUAAACUGAGAAAAAAAAUGAGAACAAUACAAAAAAAAUUGUAUGGCAGUUUUUACUUUUUAUCGCUCGUUUUUAACUUCACAAAUAAAUGGUAACAAAACCUC